AGGUCCACCCCCGACUCUUCAACUCCCGUAGCAGUCGCUCAGUGCCACGAUGACGGUGUCAAGAUGGACCGAAGGAACACUUACACUUGACCGGCCAUCGGCUUUGGCCAUAGCCACUGCAAUACACAAUCUUGAGGCGGCCAGGCCAUCCACCCUGAGAAACUGGGGGAGCUAUCGUUAACACUCAGGAGCAGCAACAGUAGUAAGCAGUGCGUGACGUGUGUUUUUCACUACAACACCAACAGAAGUUCGUGGCUCAUAGUGAGUCUCGUGUGGUCUUCGCAAAUUCGUUCGUGUCCUGCAACGGUAGAACAACAUGUCAGUGGAUCUAGAAUCUCCACCCUUAACAACAACGCUACAAGCGAACUCAACGCCAAAGAAAAUGAGAGGUGACGUCGUCAGAUCGUACUCGCUUGAUGACAGUUCGGAGGAUUUCGAUCAAGCCGAUUUUCUUGACGAUCGUCUUAGUUCACCAUUGAAGGACAUUCCUCCCGAGGACUGGCUAACGCGAGGUAACCAUGACCGCGAUUAUAAACGACUGGACUUUUCCUGGUCAGACGAGCAUACGGUCCCUGAUCUCGCAGGGCCAAAAAAGAAACGCAAGAAAAAGAAGAAGUCUCCAAUGACUCAAUAUGGCAGGAUGGCAGCAAACGCACGAGAACGUCGAAGGAUGCACAAGCUCAAUGUCGCCUUUGACAGGCUCCGCGAGGUCGUCCCGUCGGUCAGUGACCGUCAACUAUCAAAGUACGAGACACUCCAAGUUGCUCAAAGUUACAUCCAUGAACUGGCUCAACUUCUACAAAAACACUAACUGUAUUUGCCAUUUGGCCUGCUAUUCGUUAAUGCUGAAAAUAUAAUAGCAAAGGUGCCCAAUAUGACAACUAUUAAUGGGUAGUCUUGCUUGAACGAUUCGCUUAGCCUCUGUCAGAAAAGAGCUCAGUGUUAUUUUGCCAUGCGUGAAAUCUGCUGUCUAUGGACUGUAUAUAAAUCUAUGAAGUGUGUGCCCCUCAUCAAACGGUCACGAGCGAACUCGAUGUCCCGUAGUAAUACAACCCGCGAUACGAUUAUAGGUAGAUUAUUUAUUUUCUAUAUAUAUACACGUAGAUCUGCAUUGGAUUAUUGCAUAAUGCAUAGUAUUUGCAUCGCGCAAUAAAAAAUCUAAAUAGUUAUUAUUAACUAACCCAGAACCCAUCAAAUAGAGCACAUGUUUGUUCUAAUAAUACUCGCAUUAAUAAACGUCGUAGUAAUAACAAUAAUGGUUGUUAUUCGAACAACACGAGCAAUAGUUCUAAGGCCCGAACUGGCACAAUGCUAUAUAUCUAUCCACCUGGAGCAACGUAUCUUCGAACGUCUAUUGUACAUAGUACAUCGUCCAAAUACUAUAGCCGCCAAGUUACUGCUGUUUAUACUUCCGGUUCUGUGUAUGUAUUAUAUAUCUUAGCGACAACAGCUGGAUUGCGAUUUGA